AGUGGAAAUUCCUAGAGUUUUUUUUCGUGUUACAGGGAAAGUAAUAGAGACGACUGUUAAACUUAUUUUUUAUCUUAUAAAGGCAGCAAUGAUAACUAUUGGAGGCAUAUAUUUUAUGUUCAAACAGAUAAACUGGAGAAUGAUAUUUGUAAUAUCAUGUGUGAUUUCUGUUAUAGUCGACCCAUUGUUCCUCUACAUUCCUAUCAUCAAUCAGGAUAUCAAGUGCAUCGACAUGGACAAAGCAUUGUAUAAGACAGCUUUUGCUCUGAGAGCAGUCGCAGAUUUCUCUUACUUCGUCGACUUACUUGUUCGACUUAUAAUAUCAAAGACCAUUUGGCAGUCAUGCAUCCUAAUUGACAUUUUAGCUAUUCUUCCACUUCCACAGGUGGUAAUUAUCCUUUUCUUUUCUAAAUUGAAGGGCUGGAGAUUUUUGAACAUAGCGAUGCUUAUGAAUUCUCUUGUUAUGGUGCAAUAUGUGCCACGGAUUCUUCGAAUCUACUUCGCAUGUAAGGAACUUAAAGAGAGUUUCAAUGAACGUAUUGGACUGUGGAUUAAAAGUGUACUCAAUUUCCUUCUGUACAUCCUUGCUAGUCAUGUACUCGGAGCUUUUUGGUACUUUUUUGCUAUUCAAAGAAUGAAGACUUGCUGGCAACUUGCAUGUCGAACUGAAAUUGGAUGUGAACCUCGUAGUUUUGUUUGCGAUGGCCAGUUCAAAAAUGUCACAUUUCUAAAUGACUUAUGUCCAAUAAACCCACAAAAUGAAACGCUCUUUGAUUUUGGAAUAUUUGUUGACGUCCUUAAAUCUGGUAUAUCCAAGUCAACAAAUCAUCCACAAAAAUUCUCCAAUUGUUUUUGGUGGGGCCUGCGAAAUUUGAGCUCUCUUGGUUCGAACCUCCAGCCCAGUAUCACUACAUGGGAGAACCUCUUUGCGGCUUUUGUUUCUAUUAUUGGCCUGCUACUAUUUAUAUAUCUCAUUGGAAAUUUGCAGAUGUACAUGCAGUUCGACGCUGCAAGAGAAGAGGCACGUAAAGAACGUGUUAAUCAAGAGAUGAAAUUCAAACGGAGGUUGAAAGAGAAAGAUAGAGAGAUAGCAUCCUGGUUAUCCGAG